UUGCAAAGAUUCUACAUCCUCCUGAAAGAGCUCUCCUCUCGCAUCAAAGCUACAUUCCUCUCAAUCCCAGCCAGGAAACUCACGAAUCUCACACCCCAAUCCUCACAGAUCUCCUGUUCAAUCCCAACAAACAAGCCCGAACACCUCUUCCACCAAACCAUCCAGAACCCUCCCCUCUCACCCCCCUCCCCCACCGACUUCCUCCUAGAAUGGGACGCCCUCCAUCACAUCCCAUCACGCACCCUCCCGCAAACGCUCCUCCUCCUCAAACACCUCGCCGAGGACCACACAUCCGCCCCGGUCCGCUUCGCAGUCCUCGUCGUCCCCCACAAACCCUCCAACGCAGACCGCUGGGCCAUCCAAAACGCGGCCCACGCGAUCGGUCUCUGGGCCGUCCGGGUCUACACCACCUCCCAAGCCGCGCGCUUCAGCUCGUGUGUGAGCCAGAGGGCGGAGCGUGGUCUGAAUGAGGUCGUGUUUAGGUCGCGGUGGAGUGACGUCAGUCCCGAAUGUAGAGGGGAGGUCGAGCUGGACGGGGUGGAUCGCGCGGUGUUGGGUGCCGCUGUGGUUGCUAGUGUGCUGGAGCCCGAGGUGUACUUCGAUCUGCAGGCACUUCCAUUGCCGCAUACAGUCGUCGACCGCACCGUCAGCUGGGUUGGGCUAGGCGGGCAGAAGAACAGGGUGAUUCAGAGAAACCAGCCCGUUCCGGCGCGGAAGAACGUGGUGUUGACUACGGCGAUCGAUGACCAAAGGAGGGCAAUCAUCCCGAUUAUCCAGGGACAAGCGGAGGAGGUUUUGAUGAAUGAUGAGGUGGUCGUGCUGAAACUCGACUGCAUCCCAGCUUUACCUCGCGGGACGGCCAGGAUCAAGGUCACGGUAGAUGUCACCGAGGACCCGGAUGCGAAUAAACGUGUUCUCAAAGCCACAGCUUAUGUUAUCGGUAGCGACGCCAGCUGUUACGACGAAGUCCUCGCUGUUCUUCGAGAUUACAACUCGUCGACUGAGCUCUCGCAAGCCGAACUUGAUGCCGAGAUACGGUAUAUGGAAGAUAAAGAUGUCGAUCCUCGGGGUAUAUGCAUAAGGACCCGAUCACCUGUGGAAUACGAUCAUCUGGUGCCUUUCGAGGACAGCGUUUGA